AUGGUGUAUUACACAGCCGUACAUUUUAGAUGCCGAUGUAAAGUCGAUUUCGGUGAUAAGGUAGUGGUCGUGGGAUCCCACAAGAGCUUGGGUGACUGGGAUGUUAAGAACUCCCACCGGAUGAUAAUGAGCUCCACCGUAGAGGACAUAUGGAUCUCGAGUUUCCCCGCCUACCUUCCCCUAAAGUCUUAUGUGGAAUACCGCUACGCAGUUUUGAAUGAAAACGACGAAUUUAUGCAAUGGAAGGACGAAGUUGUUAGGCACGUGGAACCCACAGGGAAUGAAAUGAUAGUAGAAGAUGACGAUGGCUAUUAUCGAUCUGAAUCAUCAAGUUAUCCCAAAAGUCCUUCCACCCCUAGACCCACAGCUUUUGGAGUGAACGAUGAAAAGAAUGUUGAUCACUUGGGAUUAAACAACUUCCUUACGGAACCUGAGUUUAACUCAGACGACAUGGUAUACUUCGUGAGCUCAAGGCUUCCAGUCCAAGUUUUUAGGCGUAAAGAUGGUUCUUUUGGUACAAGGAAUAGUAACACCCCGCUGACCACAAUGUUGUGGGAACUUAGAAAGAGAUUUAGGAAUAAAAUGAAGUUCGUAGGAGCCUGCUCAAUCAGUUUCGAGACUGAAAGUGAUGCAAACGCUCCUAGUGCCAAAACUGAUACAGAAUCUGAUUGCUUUCAUACGCCUACCAAUAACAUGAGCACCAAUACAGAUAAUCAAGUAAACAAAAGGGAACAUCAGGAAAAUGGAGUAAAUGAUAUUAAUGGUAGUGAUGCUGGUUCAAAACUAGGCAACACUGUUCAAAGACUAGAUUCCAAUCAAACACGUUCCAAGAGUUCAGAUUCUGAGUAUUCAAUUCCCCCGGAUGAACAGUUCACACAGUUUGAACAGAACGAAAUCACAGAAUUCCUACUCAAGCACGAUUGUAUACCGGUUUUUAUACCUCAAACUGAGAUGAACAAGUCAAUAAAGUUCUGCAAAAAGUACAUGUGGAACCUGUUCUAUAACAUCGGCCUGUGGGAUAUUACCAAGCAAAAAGAGUUUGAUUGGGACCUCUGGCAAUCAUACUGCAAGGUGAAUAUGUUCUACGCCUCAACAGUGUCCCAGUACCUGGGCCGCAGUGACUUUGUGUGGGUCCACGACUACAAGCUUCUGAUGGUUCCACAGUUUCUGUCACGAAAGUGCAAAACUGCAAAUAUCGGCGUAUUUAUGCAUGCACUAUUCCCUUCGUACACCCUAUUCGCGUGUUUGGCAGUCAGAGAAGAGAUACUUAGAAGCAUGCUUUGCGCAGACUUGAUAGGAUUUCAUUUUUUUGAAUUUGCAAGGCAUUUUUUAACCAGCUGCAAAAGAGUUCUCGGACUCGAGUAUAACUUUUCCACAGGCGGAACCAUUGGCAUAGAAUACAAUGGAAGACAAGUAAUGAUAAGGAUGAGCCACGCCAACGUACAAGCAGACCUGCUUAGACAGAGAAUAUCACCGGAAACAAAUGUACCAGAACUAGCAAAACAACUUAAGGAAAAGUGGCCGAACAGGUUUAUUGUUUCAUCAGUAGAUCGUGAUGUUCGUCUAUCAGGUUUACUGCUCAAAUUCAAAGCUUUUAGAAAAUUCCUCCAAAACUACCCCUACGCAAGGAAUAAAAUUCUUCUCGUUCAGUACAUUUGCAGCUUGGAUACGUUAUGGCAAACUUAUUCAGAAGCCCAAGUUAAACUUUCCCAUCUCGCUCAAGACAUCAAUGAAGAGUUUCAUAAUGUUCACGUCUUGUUGAAAGUCAAUCCCAAUUCAGAAGAGAAAUAUGCACUAUUUCUUGCAUCAGACUGUUUUAUGGACACUUGCAUAAGGGGUGGAAUCAACAUUGGAGCCCUGGAAUACGUUUACACCAGGAAAGGAAAGCCAGCCCUCGCCAUUAUUAGUGAGUUUUCUGCUUUCAGCAAGACUCUUCUGUCAGCAAUUAGAAUUAACCCCUGGCACACUUACAAUGUUAUGGAGGCACUUGAUACGGCAAUGUCAUCUGAUCCGGCAACCACGCUUGAGUCUUGUAAAAAGGACGUCUCGUACAUUGAAAACAAUGAUGCAGUGACUUGGGUAAACGACUUCAUAAAGGAGUUGUACUAUUCAAGGAAGAAACACGACAUGCUCCACACUUCUUGGGGCUUUGGCAAAACCUAUAAAACACUUAGCUUCUCAACAAAUUUCCAAUUGUUAGACAUUGACAACGUAGUUGGAAAGUUCAAAAUGAGUAAAAGACGCCUACUCUUUUUAGAUUGUGAAGGAACACUCUCUAGCAACCCAUUUGACGUUGAAUCACAUUCACUGUAUCAAACUGACAUCCAUACCAAAUCCACACCCCUCCCGGCGAAUUUGACUAAUUUGGGAAUAUUGUCAAAGGAUAGAAACACAGUGAUAGUGCUGAUAAGUUGCCGUACAAAGGAAGUCAUGGAAAGUUGGUUCAAUUCAGUUCCAGAUGUUGGUUUAUGCGCAGAAAGAGGCUAUUAUUUCAAAUUACCAACAGUUCUAGGUCGCGAAUGGCAGACUUUCCGUCAUAUGUCCACUAACCCGACCCUGAACCACAUGAACAAUGUCCAAUCGGAAGUUGAAUCUGACGUCCCAAGUGAUAGUUGGAGACCAGUUGCACUAAAACUGUUUGAACAAUACGUGCAAAGGACACCAGGAAGUUACUUGGAGUCCAAAGACUCAUGCCUUGUUUUCCAAUUUCAAAACUCAGAUCAGGAAUUUGGCAUAAUUCAGGCUAAUGAAUUAAAUUCAUCACUUUGUGAAUUGAUGAGUGGGUUCCCAGUUGAUGUACACAGAGGUAAAGGAUACUUAGAGCUCAGAUUAAAGGGUAUCAAUAAAGGAAACGCACUAGUUAACGUUGUGAAUAAGUAUUCCUCACUUUUCGGAGAUUUCGACUUCGUACUCUGCCUAGGAGAUGAUAAAAGCGAUGAGGAAUCUUUCAAGGCACUGGAAACGCUAAAAUCAUCCCAUGAUGCACUGAAAUCGUCUCAGGAAUCUAGUUUAACAUCAACCAAGGAUAAAGAUGAAACCAGCAGCUACAUCUCAUGCGUGGUAGGUAAGAGACCAAGCAAAGCAAAUUAUUACCUAAAUGAUUACAUGGAAGUGUCUGACUUGCUAUCCGAUUUUCACUAUUAUAUGCUUAACCUAAGUAAAUUGGUACAUACUAGAUUUUAUGGUGAACGCCUUUACCACAGGCGUUCUCAGAUCUACACAUCAGUUAACAUGGAAGUUUUCAAACAAACCAAACCCCCAAAUUUAUCAUUUUAA